AUGCUCGACUGGGGAUAUUCCUCCCCCAGGGGAGUCUUUUUCCUCGUUACUUCUCAAACGACACAAAGCACGACGAAAACAACGACAAAAACGACGCAAAGCGACAACAAACCCAAAGACGACGACGACAAAACAACAACGCACAACGCGACAACAAAGCCACGCGACAACGACGACAACGACGAAAAAACCAACGCGACAAAACGACACAACGACGACACAACGACGAGACAAAGACAACGACAACAAAAACGGCCAACACGACAACGACGACAACAAAGACGACACAACACGACAAAACGACGACAACGACGACAAAAACACGACGACGACGACAAAGACAAAGACACACGACGCAAAAACGCAACGACAACGAGACAAAAAACCCACGACGACAACCACGACAAAGACCAAGACGACAACAAAGACGACAAAAACGCGACAACAACGACGACAACAAACCGACAACAACGACGACAACACGACGCGACAACGACACACAACGACGACAACCGACGACAACAACACAAAGACAACGCGACACAACGACGACACAACACGCAAAAACGCGACAACAAAACGACAACAAAGCGACGAAACGACACCAAAAGACGACAGACGACAACGACACAACGACGAAACAACACGACGACAACGCGACGGACAACGCACAAAGAGACCAACAAAGACAACGACAACGACCCACAAACGACGCCAAAAACACGACAAAGACAACAACACACGACAACACGACAACACACAAAAGACAACGACACAAAACGACACAACGCGACAACAACGACGCGACAACAACGACACACAACGACGACAACGCGAAACAACGGACAAAAACGAGACAAAAAAACCCACGACGACAAAGACGACACAACGACAACGACAAAGCGACAACAAGACGACAACAACGUGAACAACGACACGACAAAGACGAAAACACGGGACAAAAACCCAGACAACAACGACGACAACAACGACGACACAACACAACAAAGACGACAACAAAAAGACGACAACAAGACGAAAGACAACGAACGACAAAGACGACAACACGACGACACAAAGAACGACAAAGACGACAAAAGCGACAAAAAAGCGACAACAAAACGACGACAACGACACAAAAACGGGCGACGACAACAACGACGACACAACGACGACGACAACGCAAACAACGACGAAACAACGCGACACAAAGACGACAACAACGACGACGACAACGAGACGACAACACACAAAAACGGAAAAAACAACGACGACAAACGACAACAACACGACAACAAAGACGACCAAAGCGACACAAAGAAACAACGACGACAAACCCGACAACAACGACACAACAACGACGACAAAAACGAGACGACAACGACGACACACGCGACAAAAACGACGAAACAACGACACAAAAACGACGACGACAACGACGACAACAACGCGACAAACGACAAAGCACGACAAAAGCGACAACGCACAACAAAGACGACGCAACGACGACGACCGACGACAACGACGACAAAGCGACAAAACGACGACACAAAGACGACAAAGACGACAACCAACGACGACGACAAAGCGACAACAAAGACGACAAAGACGACAACGAGACAACAACGACACAAAGACAACGACGACGACAACGACACAACAAGACGACAACAAAGACGGACAAAAGCGACGACAACGACGACAAAAACGCGACAACGACAACAACAAAGACAAAGACAACAACGAGACAACCGACAAAGACGACAAACGAGACAAAAACGAGACACACGAAACAAAGACGACGACAACGACGACGACAAAGACGACAACAAGACGACAAAACGCGACGACAACGAGACGACAACCGACGACAACACACACGACGACAACACGACAUACGACACGACAACGACGACAACGACGACAACAAAGACAACGACAACCGACGACAACCGACGACAACAACGACGACAAAAACGCACAACACGCAACAACCGACGACAACGACGACGACACGACGACGACAAAGAACGAAAACGCGACAACGCGCGACAAAGACGACAACAAAAGACACAACGACGACGACAACGCGCAAAAACGACGACAAAGACGAGAAACGAGACAAAACCCCGACCCACAACAAAGACGACACGACCACAACGACGACGACAAAGACGACGACAAGACACAACGCGACGACAACGACGCAACGACGACACAACGCGACGACAACGCGACAACACGACGACCAACGCGACAACGACACAACACGACGACGACAACAACAAAAACGACGCCACAACGCGACAACGACGACAACAACGACGACAAAGCACACAAAGAACGAUAACGACGAGACAAAGACACAAAAGACGACAAAAACCGACGACAACGACGCCCAAAAACGACAGACAACGACACGCAACACGAACGAAAAGACGACAACGCGACAACACGACGACAACAAAGACACAAAGACGACGACAAGACGACGACAACGACGACACAACACGACAACGACGACAACGAGACAAAGACGACGACAACACGACGACAACGCACGAUAACGACACAAACGACGACAACCGACGACAAAGACGACGAUAA